UUCAGUUUCCAUUCCCCUCUUUCUCGCUAGCUCACUCUCUCACUCUUGCCAGCUACUGUACCUAGCUAUAGGCUAUAGCUCGCUAGCUUCCGCGCCCCAAGAAGACGACGUCACACCGCCAGAGCAGCAGCGAGCCGCAACGACGACGAUGCCCAUGGCGCCGGAGCAGCAACUACGAGACGACGACGACUUCACCUUCCCGACUCCGCCGCAGCUGCCGCUCUUCGCCACCACCCGCCACCACCACCUCCCCGGCUCCUCCCCUUCUUCCUCCCCGCCGGUCUGGCUGCUCUCCUCGCCCAUCCGCCGCAGCUUCUCCGCCGCCGACUGCGCCGGCUCGCCGUGGCGAAACGCGCGUGCCGUGCUCCGGCGCCACGCCACCGACCGCCGCGGCGCGUGCUCCCCCGCCCUCAGCGACUACGCCUCCGCCGCGGCCGGCUUAUCCUACGGCGAGGACGAGGAGGACGAGGACGAAGAGGAGGAGAGGAUGGACAGCCUCUGGGAGGACCUCAACGACGACGACGCAGCAGCCGGCGGGACGAAGAAGGGCGACAUGUUCCUCGCCUCUCUCGACGUGUCGCGCCGCCGCUCCGUCGGUGGCGCGGAUCUCUUCGAGAAGAGGAAGCCGCCGGCGGGCGCCGCGCUGGGCGAGUCGAGGAGCUCGCGGCGGCGGGCGCCGGGGCUGGUGGCGAUGAUGCGGUCGCUGAAGAAGAUGCUGGUGGCGCACAAGGGGAAGAGCAAGGUGCACAAGUCCGACGAGCAGAGCAACGCCUCCGCCUCCGCCUCCAACUCCUCCUGCGCUAAUUCCGCCAAGAAAUGAUCAUGCAAACUGCCCAUGCAACAGCAGAAAGCUGCGUUUUUUGUGCUGAAAAAAAAUCUCAUUUUUAAUCCUGUCAUUUAAUUCUUCAUUGGGAUAUGGCCUUGCAGUUGCAGCAGGCUGCUAUACACAAUGAUCGUCAUUUAGAUCAGGUUCUUUCAUGUUAAUUUGUAUGUAAUUAUGUAUCUUUUUUUCUUUGUAAAGUUUUGUCAAUCUUUUUGGUGAUAGAUUGGUAGUGCAUCAUGGCACAUUAGCAUAAGCUUGUUCUUGUUUUUCUUUAGUUGUGUAAAAGUUGUGUUUUGGGGGGGUGAGAUAUACUAUACAAAUGGUAUUGUGGUCUACUGAAUGAAGAUUUUUAACUGAA